UGUUCUGCAGAAGCCUUGUCUGAUUGCUUGGUUUUGUUUGCUUGAGAUAUUGAAUCGUUUAUGUUUGGAGCCAAAUACUACUAGAGAAUAACGGACAUCCACAUUUUACACCUGCAGGACAAGCAUCACAAAGAUCACUGAUCACCCAUAACUUCAGAGAUCUUUGGCAAACGAACACAAUCAUCAUGGCUUACAGGUUAAAUGAUGCAUCAUCAUCUUUAAAUGAUUUAAUCAGGAAAAGUCAGAUGCUCAGUCCAGGCCCACCAGCACUGCACCGUCUUUACACAACAAGAAGUAAUCUGGACAAAGAUGGCAAGAUCAGAAAGUGGACAUUUGGACAGAAAUAUGGAAAUCUCCAAAACAAAACAAUCCUGAUGGUGGGAGAAACUGGAACAGGCAAGACCACUCAGAUCAACACCAUGGUCAAUUACUUUCUGGGGGUGAAGUUUGAGGAUAAAGUGUGGUUUGAGGUCACAGAAGAAGAAAAGAGAGACCAAAGAGAAUCUCAAACGUCAAAAAUCACUGUUUAUGAGAUAAUUUCUGAGGAGAAACUCUCCUCUCUCACCAUCAUUGACACUCCAGGUUAUGGAGACACCAGAGGAAUAGAUAAGGACACGGAAAUCGCUCGAAACUUGCAUGAAUUAUUCCUACAUGGUACUGGAGUGAAGGAUCUUGAUGCUGUGUGUCUUGUACUGAAAGCAUCUCAGAACAGAAUCUCAGAGUUUCAGCGCUACAUUUUUGAAGCAGUUCUGUCCUUAUUCGGUAAAGACAUAGAGGACAUUAUAGUGCUGUUUAUUACACACUCAGAUGGAGGACCACCAACAAAUGCCCUGGACGCCAUCAAGAAAGAAAAGAUCCCCUGCUGUUACGAUGAUGAGAAUGAACCUGUUCAUUUCCUUUUUAACAACCGUCAGUCUGAGAAACAGACAAAAAGAUAUGAGUACGUUUACAAAUCAUCUUGGGAAAUGGCUGCAGGUAGUGUUGGAGAAUUUUUUGAAUUCCUAAAAUCACGACAGAGAAAAAGCUUAACUAUGACAGUAAGUGUUCUAAAGGAGCGCAUGCAGCUUGAGGCCUGUGUUGAGGGUCUGAAGGAACGAAUCAAGUACAAGGAAGCAAAACAGAGUGAACUGACUGAAGUUCAGAAAGCUCUGAAACAGAACAAAGAAAUGAUUGAGAAGGAUGAAAAUUUUACUUUCACUGUCACAACAGUUCACAAAGAGAAAAUCAAUAUUACAGGUGCUUCAUGGCGGAACCGAAAGGUGACCUCCUGCAAAGAAUGUGAGGAGAACUGCCAUGAGUAUAACUGCUGGACUGCCAUAAAUGCCAACUGGUGCAAAAUUAUGGAAGAUAAUUACUGCACUGUGUGUAACUGCCACUGCUCCACACAUGUCAGAGAGGGCAAGAAAUAUGUGACAAAGUGGAGAGAGGAAAAGGUCACAUUCGCAGAACUGAAAAAGAAAUAUAGUAAUACAAAAGAAGUAAAUGCUUUUUAUGAUAUAUGUGUAUUGAAACACGUGGAAACAGAGCAUGAACAAAUACUCAAAGUGAAAGAAGAGAUGACAAUUAUGGAAAGCAGACUGAAAACACUCCUGGCUGAGAAUGAAGAACAGAAGAAGAACCUGGUGAACAAUGCCUAUGUGACAAUCAUAAAACUGUCUGAGAUUGCGUUAAAAUCAGACUCUGCCUUCACCAUACAGUACCUUGACUUCCUGAUUCCUCGAGUUGAAGAAGCUGGAGCUGCAGAGUGGGCUCAGAGACUGAGGGACAUGCAGAGAGCAGCCAGAGAAUCAACUAACUCUGCAGUGGGCUAUUUAAGGAAAAUGAAUAAGGGCACUCAGAAAGCUGCAGCCAAAGAAUCAACUAGCUAUGCAGGGGAGUUUUCAAGUAGCAGGAAUGAAGACACUACAGCUACAGAAGUAACGUCCUAUGAAGUGGGGCAUGUGAGGAGGAUGAAGAAUUUCUUUAGUGAAAAUUUUCAGAAUACCUUUUGAUUAUAAAACAUACCAUCUCAAAAAUAAAUCAUGUGCAGCAUUGGACUAGCACACUCGUUUAGGCAGACUCUUUGUAAACUUACAAAGUUCUUGUUACAGCAUGAGUAGAUUGAUUAAAUCAAAGUCACAAGUUGAUUUCUCAGCAUUGCAAAGCUCUUUUAUUUUUAAAUUAUACUUUUACUUUAAGUAUAUUUAGUAGUAAAGGAAUGAUUCGCUAUUCUGCUGUUUUUUAUUAUUCAGUUACAUUUUAAUCAAAGACAUUUCAAGAGCACACUGAGGUCUGGACCUCGUAGUUUCAGAAGGGUUUUUUCUUCACAGGUAUCACAGACCUAUCAAAUGGGCAUAAAUCACUCUUAUUUAUACAUUUGUUUAUAAAAGCUGUGUGGUCCAAGGGUGAUUAACCUUGCAUAUUAUCAUUGAACAGAGGAAUGUGGUACCUUCAGGUAUCUCGAAAUUGCUCCCAAGGAUUUACCAUACUUGUGGAGGACCACAGUUUUUCUGAUUUCUGACUGUUUCAUUUGAUUUUCCUGUGAUGUCAAGCAAAGAGGCAAGUAGUUCUUGAAGGCAGACCUUAAAAUACUGUCAAAUUAGCUCAAAUGAUGUCAAUUAGCCUAUCAGAGGCUUCUAAAGCCUUGAUAUAAUUUUCUGGAAUUUUCCAAGCUAUUUAAAGGCACCGUCAACUUGGUGUAUGUAAACUUUUGACCCACUGGAAUUUGUAUAUAGUGAAUUAUAAGUGAAAUAAUCUGUUUGUAAACAUUUAUUGGAAAAUUGCUUGUGUCAUGUACGAAGUAGAUAUUCUAUACAACUUGUUAACACAGAAUGACAUGGAAUCUGUGGAGGGGAUAAAUAUGAGUUGUAAUGAUUUCAGCCUAAGUCUAUGUACAUUUGUGACUUCAACUAUAUAUAUUUUAUAUGCUGUAUCCUCUGUGUUUAUGCUUUCUUCCUGGGUUUUCAGAAAUUAGUGUAUGUGACUGUGAAUGUGGUAGAAUAAGCAGUAGAGGUUUCGGAUCAAAUCGGCCAAACCCACUGUCCUUAGAAUAGCAGCCUGUACCUUUAUAUUACUGUCACUGGUACAUAACCUUGACUAGAUUUAUUACAGGAGAGCCAGUUUGGGCCAGUCCAGGAUAAAAAUACUCUCUAUAAUCUGUAUGUUCUCCUGCCUACAGCUGGGAGAAAGAGAACGUAUAAAACAACUGCAAUAAAUCUGUAAUAAAGCCAGCUUUCUCGUCAGAAUGCAUGACUCUGUCUAGUGUAUUCCCAAUGACUUCAAAGUUUUGUUCAACAUCUUUAUCAACAUUGAACAGAAUCUAUAAAGUAUUUCUGUUUCUAGUAAAGUGGCAACUGAGUAGAAGUACAAGGAAGGUGUUUUCAAGAA